AUGUCUGAACGCAGUCUCGCCGACCUGGGGUCUAAACUCUUCAACCCAAAAAUUGAGUUCCGACCACGGAUCCUCGACACAGCCAAACGAGUCCGCGGCGUGCUUGACGGACAAUUCAUAUUCGACACGACAUCAGCAAAACUAGUCUGGGAAAUCCCGUAUUAUCCCCAAUACUGGAUCCCCAAGACGGAUUUUUUGGACGCCGCCACAUUUACUGAAGACAAGCCGAUUUCGGGGAUCCAGUCGUCAACGAGCAAGCUUAGCGUGAAGCGGGGAGGCGGCAACAGCAACAGCACCAGCAAGUCUGUCCACACACUCCUGGUUCCAGACUCAUUCAACUCCGAACUGGCAGGCUACGUCAAAAUCGACUUCAAGGCCCUGGACGCAUGGUACGAAGAACAGUCCCUGGUACUGUACCAUCCCAAAGACCCGUUCCACCGCGUCGACAUCUUGCCGUCCGGCAGACAUGUGCGGGUCGAAUUGGACGGAGUCGUGCUCGCAGACACGACUGAUCAGGGCGGCGUCAUGUCGCUGUGGGAAACGAAUUUUCCGGCACGCUGGUAUUUGCCCCAGACGGCUGUGAGGUGGGAGUAUUUGACUCCGAGUGCCACGAAGACGGGGUGUCCGUAUAAAGGGGAGGCGAGCUAUUAUAAUGCCGUGAUUGACGGGCGGGAAACAAAGGAUGUUGUUUGGUGGUAUCCGAAUCCCACGCUGGAGAGUGGGUUGAUUAGGGGGAUGUUGUGCUUUUAUCCUGAUAAAGUUGAUACGUGGGUUGAUGGGAAGAGGAUUGAGAAGAUUGGGAUGCCGAAUAUUAAGAAAGUUGUGGACGAGGAGGAUAGGAAGAGGCAGGAGAAUAACAUGAAGUGUUGGAGUGCUGGCAACGACAGGGACGAGGAGGACGCCGACCACCAUCACCACCACGAGGCGGUGUUGAUCUGA